AUGGAUAGUGAAAUACAAGAGAUGGAAUCUGAUUUUGUUUCAUUUUUGUGCAGUGUUUCUUCUUUGGGAUGGUUUAUGUCAUAUCAAGAAACCAGCUUUGUGACAAUAGGCCAAAGACUUCUAGCAAAUCCCCUCAGGGUAAGAUUCCAUUACGGACAUCCAGAUUUAUUCGACAGGAUAUUUCACUUGACUAGAGGCGGCAUAAGCAAGGCGUCAAAGACCAUAAACUUAAGUGAAGAUGUGUUUGCAGGAUUCAACACCACGCUACGUCGUGGACAUGUAACGUACCACGAGUACAUGCAAGUUGGCAAGGGCCGUGACGUUGGACUCAACCAAAUCUCAAAGUUUGAAGCCAAAGUGGCUAAUGGCAACAGUGAGCAAACUCUUAGCCGUGACAUAUACCGCCUUGGGAGACGCUUUGACUUCUUUCGGAUGCUUUCUGUUUACUACACAACCGUCGGCUUCUACUUCAACAGCUUGAUAUCUGUGAUUGGAGUGUACGUGUUCCUCUACGGACAGCUUUACCUCGUCCUCAGUGGCUUACAGAGAGCUCUGCUUUUCGAGGCAAAGGUGAAGAACAUCAAGUCUCUGGAAACAGCGCUGGCGUCUCAGUCAUUCAUACAGCUCGGGCUGUUAACCGGUUUGCCAAUGGUGAUAGAGUUAGGAUUGGAGAGAGGUUUCCUCAACGCCCUCAAAGAUUUCGUGCUGAUGCAGCUUCAGUUAGCUUCUGUUUUCUUCACUUUCUCUUACGGAACAAAGGCUCAUUACUAUGGCAGAACCAUCCUGCACGGGGGCGCCAAGUACAGGCCAACCGGGCGCAAGGUGGUGGUCUUCCACUCGAGCUUCACCGAGAACUACAGGCUAUACUCACGGAGCCACUUUGUGAAGGGGUUCGAGCUCCUUAUUUUGCUGAUUGUGUAUGAUCUGUUUAGGCGGUCGUAUCAGAGCAGCAUGGCCUAUGCACUGAUCACCUACGCAAUCUGGUUCAUGUCGCUGACAUGGCUGUUCGCGCCCUUUCUGUUCAAUCCAUCCGGAUUCGACUGGGGCAAGAUUGUGGAUGACUGGAAGGACUGGAACAAGUGGAUCAAGCAGCAGGGUGGGAUUGGGAUUCCUCAGGACAAGAGCUGGCAGUCGUGGUGGAUCGAAGAGCAGGCUCAUCUCCUGCACUGUGGGAUCGCGUCUCGCCUCAUUGAGUUCAUCCUCUCCAUCAGAUUCUUCCUCUACCAAUAUGGAUUGGUGUAUCACCUUGACAUAUCAGGCCAGAACAAGAACUUUGUUGUGUAUGUCCUUUCUUGGAUUGUCUUUGUCAUCAUUUUCCUCCUUCUCAAGGUUAUCAAUGUGGGGAAGAAGUAUCUAAGUGCUGAUCACCACCUUGCAUUUAGGCUGUUCAAGGCCUUCAUUUUCAUGGGAGUGGUGGCAACAAUUGUGACUCUUUCUCUCAUCUGCCAUCUAUCCAUGAGGGAUCUCAUUGUUUGCUGCUUAGCCUUUCUGCCUACUGGCUGGGGCAUGAUACUGGUUGCGCAAAUAGUGAGGCCGAAGAUCGAGGGCACGGGGCUGUGGCACUUCGUGAGGGUGUUUGCCCGGGCCUACGAC